AUGAUUUUGUUGUCAUUAUUUCUGAGUUUUUGUUGCUGUAUUACUCUGAGAACCAGCCCAUAUUCCAACAAUCUUUUUUUUAUAAAAUCCAACCUUCCUCUUAAAUACAGUAAUAGAAUACAGAAACUUUACGACUACGAUGAAACUUUUAGUGAUAUCGUGGAUAAUUUUGACCCCGGCGAGGACUCUCAGCCUUACCAAGACGAAGGUUUCCAGGAAAAGGAACCAGUCCGCGAUCACCUCGAUUUGUCUGCAAAUUCAGUCACGAUCUGUGGAAGGAUAGGCUUCAUUGCUGAGCCUAAGAGGAUGAGAACAGGUUUAGUUAGUACAGAAUGGCACAAAGUUAUGUUAUACGGAAUUCGAAACGUGGACUACGUUUAUUCCCGUGCAAGGGUUGGAGACAAGGCUCUUGUGAUUGGACGACUGAGAUAUUACCAACCUCAAAAUCUUGAAACAAAUGGAGUUAACAGGACUAAGAUCGCUGAAGUUUACGUGAAUUCAUCCAGAGGAGGUCACACCUUCAUACUGAUGCCUAAGAUUUCUACUAAUCUUGAUAAUAACUUCAUCUCAGCAAACCACCAAAUUUACCCAAAUAAUUUCUAA